AUGGCUGGCCCAGGGAAGCGGCAGUACGUGGUCAAGGGCACCACGUUUGAGGUGGACGUGCGUUACGAGGUGCGGAAGGGGGUCGGGCAAGGCGCGUACGGAUUGAUAUGUGCCGCAAAGGACACAAAGGACGGGGACCAGGUCGCGAUUAAGAAGAUCACAAACGCCUUCGAGGACGCGGUCGACUGCAAGCGGAUGCUGCGGGAGAUGCGGCUGCUGCAGCACUUUAAGCACGAGAAC